CAUGGUGUCUAUUCAGUUAUCGCAUCAGUAUGGCUGGGUUAUUCUCGUUGGAGUUGCUUCGUCCUUUCUUUUAGUUUGGCAGGGAAUGCAGGUGGGAAAGAUGAGAAAGAAGUUUAAAAUUCAGUACCCAACCAUGUAUUCCACUGACAACGAUGUGUUCAACUGCUAUCAAAGAGCUCACCAAAACACGCUAGAAAACUAUCCACAGUUCCUUAUGCUGCUGUUUAUAGGAGGCAUACAAUUUCCAUUUGUUACGGCACUGGCAGGCGUGGUUUGGAUUCUGGGCAAGAUAGCAUACAGUCUUGGAUAUUAUACUGGUGACCCUGCAAAGCGCAUGAAAGGAUCUUUUGGCUACAUUGGACUAAUAACAAUGUUGGGAACAACAGUCUGCUUUGCUCUUAAUCUUCUUGGUUAUCUCUGAGAUUGAUCCAACACUGUUGUGGUCCUUAGCUGUUUUAACAUCUAAAAAAGUCAUAUUCCAAUUUCCAAUAAAUGAUUUUAAUGUGUUUAGAAGCAGCCAUGAUUUUGGUUUAUAACAAGUUACUUGAUUUGUUCAUUUUGUGUUUAAAUUUUAACAUUUUCACUUGAAUUUUGGAUAGCACAUAUGUUUUAAGAAAUGGGAUAAUUGGAUAAAAUGAAUAAAUGAAAUUAUUAUCACA